AUGGCGGUGCUGAGGAAGGAGGCGGUGCUGGCGGCUCUGAUGCUGGCGCUGGUGGUGCUUGCGGCGGCGCCGAGCGGGGCGCGCGCGGCGUGCGACGCGUCGCAGCUGGCGGUGUGCGUGUCGGCGAUCACCGGCGGGAAGCCGCCGACCACCGUGUGCUGCGCGAACCUGAAGGCGCAGCAGGGGUGCUUCUGCCAGUACGCCAAGGACCCCGCCUACGGCCGCUACAUCAAGAGCCCCAACGCCCGCAAGACUCUCGAGUCCUGCCACAUCGCCGUCCCAACCUGCUAG